GGACUGUUUCUGCCUCACCAGUCGCCCGACAGUCUUUUGCGAAGGAGUUCUACCGCUUCUUGUGCUCAUCAUCGACCGGACCUACUCGGCUAAUUGACAUCACACCUUCAAAAGUUCGUUCGACGUGCUACACGAAAUGUCGGGAACCGUCUCGAAAUCUUCGACAACCACCAAAUCGUCUAAAUAUGUCUACCGCUCAACCGGCGGAGCUGGAACCGAUGUCACCAUCGAGUACUCCACUGAUAUGUCCGCUUUGUCUCGUCUUGAGGACAAAAUCCGUCUUGUCCAAGAGGAUCUAGAGACAGAGCGUGAGCUUAGACAGAGAGUUGAACGAGACAAGGCCGAUUUGAGUGUUAUGGUCAUUCAGCUGCAAGAGCGUCUUGAAGAAGCCGAAGGAGGAGCUGGAAACCAGUUGGAAAUCAACAAGAAACGUGACGCCGAGUUGGCUAAACUGCGAAAACUGCUGGAAGAUGUCCAUCUCGAAUCUGAGGAGACGGCCCACAUGCUCCGCAAGAAACACCAAGAAGCCGUUGUCGAUCUUCAGGAUCAAUUGGAAUUAUUGGCUAAAGCGAAAUCAAAGGCUGAGAAAGAGAAGUCAAAGUUCCAGCAGGAGCUGUUCGAGCUCAUGUCUCAAGUUGAGUCAGCCAACAAAGAUAGAGCCACGUACGUCAAGCAAGUAGAAAAGUUGGAAUUGCACGUUCAUGAGUACACCCUCAAAGUGGAAGAGCUCAACAGAACUAUUAUCGACAUCAGCAGCCACAAAACUCGUUUGUCCACUGAAAACAUUGAACUGACCAAGGAAGUUCAAGAGCUGAAAGUCAGCUACGAAAAUAUCAGCUAUUUGAAGAACCAAAUCAGCUCUCAGUUCGAAGAUCUUCGUCGUCGCUUUGAAGACGAAGAACGCCGUCGUUCCACUUUGGAAGGUAGUUUGCACUCGGUCGAAAUUGAGCUGGAGUCGGUCCGCGUUCAGCUGGAAGAGGAAGCGGAAGCUCGUUUGGAUUUGGAACGUCAGCUCUCCAAAGCCAACCAGGAUUGUCUGUCGUGGAAAUCCAAGUACGAUCAUGCCUGCACUUCUCACACUGAAGAGAUCGAAGAAAUCAGGCGCAAAUUUCACAUCCGGGUGACUGAACUGGAAGAACAGAUCAGCGCUUUGAUCUCCAAAUGCUCAGGUUUGGAGAAGAUCAAGUCGCGUCUGCAGAGCGAGGUAGAGGUUCUCAUCAUCGAUUUGGAGAAGGCUAAUACCACCGCUCGGGAGAUGCAGAAGCGCAGCGAGCAACUGGAGCGCAUCAACAUUGAAUUUAAAUCCAAGUUGGAUGAGCUGACUGCUCUGUACGACGCUUCCCAGAGAGACAACCGCAACAAGGCGACAGAGAUUUCCCGUUUGACUCACGAACUGGACAAAACUCGCGAACAGAAAGAUCAGCUCACUCGCGAAAACAAGAAAUUGGGCGAUGAGAACGCUGAGCUGAAGAGCCAGUACUCUGAACUCAACCGCAGAUUCCAUGAAUUAGAAAUUGAAUAUCGCCGUCUAGAAAACGAACGUGAAGAGUUGGCUGCCGCAUACAAAGAAUCAGAGGCUGCUCGCAAAGGCGAAGAACAACGCUCUCAACGCAUGGCAGCUGAGAUGAACCAAUACCGUCACGACAUGGAGCGCCGACUUACCGAUAAGGAGGAAGAGCUCGAAUCUAUCAAGAAGCAAAUGUCUAUCGAAAUCGACCAGUUGAACUCUCGUCUUGUCGACGCGGAAACCAAGUUGAAAACCGAAAUCCAGCGCAUCCGGAAGAAGAUGAUGAUCACAAUCACCGAGUUGGAAAUGACAUUGGACGUUGCCAACAAAAACAACAUCGAUCUUCAAAAGACCAUCAAGAAGCAAUCCCUGCAACUUACCGAACUUCAAUCAAUGUACGAGGAGACCCAGCGUCAAUUGCAAAUCACCAUGGAUCAGUACGGCGUGGCUCAACGUCGCCUGCAAGCUAUGCAACAAGAACUGGAAGAGAUGCGCGCCAACAUGGAAGCUGCUCUGCGUGCCAGACGUGCUGCUGAACAAAUGGCAGAAGACGCUAGUGCUCGCAUCAAUGAGCUGACCACUGUCAACGUCAACCUCACUUCAAUCCGUGUUAAACUCGAACAAGAACUAUCCGUGUAUGCCGCCGACUUCGAAGAAGCCAGCAAAGAACUGAAGUUGGCUGAUGAUCGUGCCCAGCGAGCUCAAGUUGAACUUAAGCACACUAUGGAUGUUCUCCACGAGGAACAGGAACGCAUUGUCAAAAUUGAAUCCAUUAAAAAGGCUUUGGAGGUCGAAAUCAAGAACCUGACCAUCCGUUUGGAAGAAGUUGAAACCAAUGCGCUGGUCAGCAGCAAGAGGAUCAUCAGCAAAUUAGAAGCCAGGGUCCGUGACAUUGAAUUGGAGCUCGACGAAGAACGCCGCCGUCAUGCUGAAACUACUAAAAUCUUGCGCAAGAAGGAACGCCAAGUCAAGGAAAUCAUCAUCCAAGGUGAAGAAGAUCACAAGAACGUCUCUCUCCUUCAAGAUUCGGUUGAGAAACUUACCCAAAAGCUGAACGUUUACAAGCGCCAACUGCAAGAACAGGAGGGUAUGUCGCAACAGAACUUGAGCCGCGUUCGCAAAUUUCAACGCGAACUGGAGGCUGCCGAAGAUCGGGCCGAAUCUGCCGAGACCAACUUGAACUUCGUUCGAGCUAAGCAUCGUACUUUCGUCACGUCUGUUCCCGGAGGUAGCACCACCUCAAACGUCUACGUAGUCGAAGAGCAGAAGCAUUUUACCGAGCAUUUCUAACUGAAUAACAAAUGAAUUUAUUUCCUACCGAGAACGACGACGGUGCAGCAUGCUGCAUCGAUACUAAGGAAAAAGCACAGAACUUUUGAUAAAGCGAACAUCAUGUUUUUAAAACAUUCAUUUGACUUGAGUUUAUUUGAUUCUAUCUGGCGGUGAGAAAAAGAAAAAAAAAAGAUCCAACAGCUAUAACAUGCCCAAAAAUCUAUUAUGCACAAGGCAUCUGUACUUGUAGGCACUAGGAUGUAACGGGGAGAAUGGGUGUAUAACUUUCGUCAAACUUAGGGCAUAACACAAGUAUAUUUAUAUCGAACUAGUUUCGUAGCAAUAAAAUAACAUUGAACUAUACUAUGCUGACCAGUUUGUCGCUCAGCCGUUCAGUUUUUACCGAUGCUUUCUCCCAUUAAUGAUUUCAAACCCCCCGUUUAUUUUUUAUUUUUUUUUUUGUUUAUUGCUUUAGAAGUGCUUUUUAUUGACUCUGAAAGUUGAUGCCUCAUCUAACUUAUAAAGUAUUGGCCUUUCUCCUCAUUUGUUGUUUUCGUCACUGUGCCUUGUAUGACGCCUUAUACUCUUUUGCCAUCUAUACCUUCUUCUCCAAAAACAAAGAAUUCGUUGCUCUGGGCAUUUAAAAAUACACCUAAUAAAUGUCAA